AUGAGCAGAGUAAAUUGUUCACCAUUUAUCAAAAGAAGUAAUACAAGACAGUAUACAUAAAAAAUAAGAAGCUUAACUAGCAAAAUUAUUGAUGAAAAUGCAGAAAUACAAGGUUAAAUAAUUGAUAUAGAAGAAGCAUGGAUAAGCUUAAGUAAAGACUAAAGCUAUAAAACAUAAGAAGACAUUAUGAAACAAAUAGAUUAAUUUAGUAAACUUAAAUACUUUAAAACUAUAAUUGAAGAAGGAGGAUAUGAGCUACUCAAGUAAGCUUUUGUAAAUGCAAGAGCUGUGUAAACUUUUUCUGAUGAAAUACUGUUUAGAUAAGGAAGUUAAGCAGAUGAAAUGUUAGUGUUACUCGAGGGAAAAGUUAAUUUAUAUUAUAUUCCAAAUAUUGAUCAUCUAUAGAGUGCAGAGCACGAAAGCUAAGAAAAUCUUAAAAAAAAAAAUAUGCUAAUCAAAACAUUUAAAGCUGGUGAAGCAAUUGGAAAUCUUAAUCUUUACUUCAAUAAGCCUUUUAAAGGUAUGGCAAUAUGUUAAGAAUCAUGUAAAUUUGUUUCUAUAAACAAAUACAUAUAUACAAAAACUUUAGUAAAUGCUGAUAGAAUCUUCGUUGAAUCUUAGCUAGAUUUCCUAAGGUCUAUAAAUAUAUUAAGCCAUUGGAAUGACGAUAAACUGGUCGAAAUACUUUUAUUAUCAUUCAUAGAAAAAGUUAAUCUCUACACAGUCAUAUUCAACUAAGGAUAAAUAUCAACAGAUUUUUACAUUGUAAAGAGUGGUUAAUAUGGACUUUAUUAGAAAAGAACUGACCACUUCUCUAUUUCCUCGCACAUACCACCAAAUUUUAAAAAACCAUAAAAUAACGAAUAAAUUCAAAAAGAAAACUAAGAUUAAAACCUUUUGUCAAGCUAUUAAGAUGAAUUCUCUUAAUAAAAUCAUCUGAUUUAUCUUCAUGAAUAUGGACCAUUAGAUCAUUUUGGACAACAAGAUAUAAUGGAAAAUAAAAGGAGAGCUGGAUUUGUUGUAUGUAAAAGCAAAGAUGGUGGAGAGCUCUUACGAAUUAAAAGCUAUAUAUUUAUACAGUUUAUUCUAGCUGACCCUAUCACCUAAAAGUUAUUAAUAUAAGGGAAAAUAUAAGACUAGUAAAUAUAUAAUCCAUAGAAAAGGCUCCAAAAUUUUAUUAGCAAUCAGUAAAAUAUAGAUAUAGAUAAAUAUUGCAAUUAAAUCAAAGAUUUGAAAAAUCAUAUCCUCUCUGACAAAUAAUAAAAAUACCAUUUUCUUAAUGUAAAAAUAGCUUAAAAUAAAUCUUUUUUUGAUAACCAUAACCAUAAUACUACUUUUAGAGGAAAAUCUAUAAACAAUGAUCAUAUUUAAGAUUCGCGUUCUACAGCUUUGACUGAUUUAACAAAAAAUGGUGAGUCUUAAUCUAUAACUAUUCACUCAAGAAAUUUCAGUUUACCUAAAAUAAGUACUACCAACAAAAGUUAUAUAUAAUAGAACUCCUUAACUAAUAUACAAUAAAAAAGAAAAUUACAGUAAAAUAGUUAAUCUAUCCAUUCUCUAGGAAAUUAAUGCUAAUCUUUAAAUUAUUUUUUUGAAAUCUCUCCAAUUUCUUCUCCUAUAAUUAAUGUAAAACCCUCAUUAAAAAGCUUCUAAGAAUUGCAUUCACCUCAAACUCCUUUUAAAAAGUAGAAUGAUAAUUCUAUGAUACAUUUAAUAGAAAAAAGCUUUCACAAAUAAAAAGGGGUUAGGCCUUAUAGAUUAUCAGAAAUUGAAUUAUGA